GACAGCACCAGCUGGGGAGUGGUCUCAAAUCCGCACCGCCAUCCAGACUCUACUGCGUCCACCGCCAAAUUCAAACCGAGAAAGAAAAGCCACCGGAUCAAGUGCAGACCUGUUAUCUUCAACGGAACGCCCUGCAGACUAUUUGACCAACUAUAAGCAUGACUUCCUCGGUAAGCACGGCUGUUGCAGGGGUGUGGCGGGCACACACGGUUUUGGAUGAAUCUGACGGAGUAGAGAGCUCACCCGAAGACCGCUUCCGAAAACUGCGCUCCUCUUCCUCUCUCAACUCUCUGAGAAUGUCAUUGAGGAAAAGGCUUCCACUGCGGUCUGUCCAGGCAAAUUCUCUUCCAGAGAAUCCAACCUGGGAGAGCGUUGAGGCAGCACUGAAGACCAGCACCGUCCGUCAACUCACACGCAGCGCUCGGAAUUCCAUUGGAGGACUGUACCAGAGGCUACAGAGGAACAGAGAGUCUGUUCGUGGGGAGUGUCUGGUGGCCACACCGGGACGGAUAUGUGAAGAAGGGGAGAGCGUUGGAGCACCCGCCCAUACCCCCAGAAGAACCCCAAGCAGACCAACCGCCCUCGUAGACAUUGCAACCCCCAAGCGCACCCCGAAGGCAGCUGCCACACCCAAACGCACCCCAGCAUCCAGGCGCACCCCCGUGGGGCGAGGGACCCCUGAGGCCGGGGCUGGGGUGAGGGGUGUGAGGACUGGAGGGGGCAGGAGACAGCUAGUCCGUAUGGCAGCUCUUCGGAGUCCCUUUGCCUCUCCUAACACUCAGAACCAGAGGCGGAAGUUUGACCGGGACCUGGAAUGUGUAUCCAGCGGUCUCAGGAAGCUGAAGAACCUCUCCCAUGCCUUCAAUGAUGUAAUUGGCAGAGAUGACCGCCGACAGUUCAGCUACUCCAUAAUGGCUAAGUAGAGACAAAGGUCCUGUGCAGCGGAGCGUUACGGAGGGGUGAUGAUGAGAAGGUUGGACCCCAGUGGCAGCAUCAGCCGCUCUGCCCUCACACACCGAGCCCGCCGCCUCACACACACACUGGGCAGCUGGACACACAGCGCCCUCGACAACGUCAAACCCAAGUCCAACUGAAGCCACACUCGCCGUCUGUUUGUGUGGGACAAGUACCCCCCCCCUCCCAACGGCAGUGGUCUUGUUACACUGUCUGUUCUUGUUCAAGGAAAUUGUCCUUCUAAUGUGUCACAUUAGAUGCACAUUGCGUGUAAUUUAGGAUUGUGUUUUGUAGUACGAGACGAGGCUGGUUAGGACGUUUAUCUGUCCUCUGCUAGAGCUUCUAAUAAGACAAGUUUUGCGUGUGUGAAAUUUCCUCAGCUGCUACAUGACUGAUUCGCUUCAGUCAUUUCUUGUGGUGCAGUACUGGCCUUUGAAGAACAAUGACCAAUUGCCACAGUACCAAACUUCAAACUAACAUCGUACAAACAUUAUUGUAAGUGUAGAUGUCACUGUCUGUCUGCCAUUUAAAAUUAUACAUACACAAGGCCAAAAAUGAUUGAUAAACUAACACUAAAUGUUACUGACAAGGAGAGGCUAUUGUAGUCAUCCCUACAUAGAACCUUGAAGACUUUAUGUAGGCAAUUAUGUGCAACUAACCAUUGUAAUGAUAUUUAGUGUCUUUUGAUUGUGCCCAGCUUUAUAUUGAAUAUUUUUGUGUUAAAAAAGGCACCUAUAUUUUUGUAUGUCACAGCUACACAUGUGGCUGGGUUAAAAAAAAAAAAAAAAAUGUUGUAUGUCAAGUUUCCUAGUAUACUGAGUAGGUUUAGUAUAAGGGAUGGACUGCUUUCUGCAGAACGGGACCUACAGUAAGAUUUAAAGUGUUUGGCUGUAUACUUAUUUUGUACUUAUUUUGCUGUUUCAUUACUCUCAAGUAGUUCUAUAUUUAGAGUGGUUCAUGAAAUCGAAAAGUAAAUAUGUAGCACAUGAUCUUGUUUACCUUUUUAUACAUGAUAAUAAAAGAGCAUGGCAUUUUG